AACCUCGUACGUCUAGAGGUUAAAUAUCCUACGAGUUUACUUUUCGUAUCUAUUUUUCAAUUAAACCUAAUAUUCUAAAAUGAAUAUUAUUUAUACGAAGAGGGCGCUAUGGCUAGGAGGAAAGCACACAUGUGAAUAGAUUCUGGAACUCGUAAUUUAUUUUUAAAGUGAUAAUUAGGUAUUAUAUGAGCAGUUUCUUAUGAAACUGCCUGUUUUAUCGUGUAUGAGGAGUAUCAUCUGCAUUAAAGAAACAGAACAAAGAUUGAGACAGGGUUAGCAGGAAGACAGAGAUCCCUAAUAAACGUGACUGGGACCAAAGAGAAAAUGAGUCGGCUCCUACUGUUGUUAUUCUUUGCUAGUAUCAUAAAUAGUAGUAUAUCAUGGAGGACUUUUACGAGGGGCAGAAGCAAGUACGGCAAUCUAGGCGUUCCAAUCUUAUCUAAACAGUACGAGCUUCCACAGGAGCAAUGGUUUACACAGUUCCUAGAUCAUUUCAAUCCGAUCGAUGCGCGUAUGUGGAAACAGAGGUACUUCGUCAAUGGGGAGUACUACAAGGUAGGAGGUCCGAUAUUUUUGAUGAUAGGAGGCGAGGGGACGGCAAGCGCCAAAUGGAUGGUGGAAGGCCAGUGGAUCGAAUACGCUAAACAGUUUGGAGCGUUAUGCUUUCAAGUGGAGCAUCGGUUUUACGGGAAGAGUCGUCCCACCUCAGAUCUCAGCAUUAAGAAUCUAGUGUACCUUUCGUCGGAACAAGCGCUCGCAGACCUCGCCUAUUUCAUACACGCUAUGAAUGUUAAUUACAAACUACCGAGGAACAGCAAAUGGAUCGCCUUCGGAGGGUCCUACCCUGGAUCACUGGCUGCUUGGUUGCGAGUCAAGUAUCCUCAUUUGGUACACGGCGCAGUCUCAGCCAGCGGUCCCUUGUUAGCGCAGAUCGAUUUCCAAGAAUAUUACGUCGUCGUCGAGGAUGCGCUGAGACAGUAUUCUAAGACGUGCGUAGACGCUAUAGCCGAAGCGAACGGACAGUUCCACGUGUUGCUGCGUCAUACCAUCGGUCAGCAGAGAAUAGCCAAGCAAUUUCUCUUGUGUGACCCGAUAGAUCCCGGGCACACGAAACGUAGUGACAUCUCUAAUUUGUAUGAAACGAUCGCGAGCAACUUCGCCGGGAUUGUGCAGUACAAUAAAGACAAUCGCAAUAACUCGGAGAUGGCCAAUAUGACCAUCGACAGCGCGUGCGAUAUUCUGACUAACCAAACAUUAGGCAUCGCCAUAGACAGACUGGCGUAUCUGAGCACAAAGAUAUUGAACGCUUCGAAGGAGAAAUGUUUGGACUAUAUGUACGAUAAAAUGAUUCACAAGCUCCGCAACGUGACGUGGGCUAGCGAAGAAGCCGAAGGAGGACGUCAGUGGACGUAUCAAACGUGCACGGAAUUCGGCUUCUUCCAAACAUCUACUGCCCGGCCGAAUCUGUUCAGCGAGACCUUCCCCGUCAACUUCUUCGUGAAGCAGUGCACCGACAUUUUCGGUCCGAGGUAUAACGAGCAUUUGUUGAACGCGACCGUUGACAGAACGAACAUCUUGUACGGAGCACUGAACUUGAAAACGACGAACGUGGUGUUCGUGCACGGAUCGAUUGAUCCUUGGCACGCCCUGGGAAUUACAAAGUCCACGGACCCGCAGAUGCCCGCUAUUUAUAUAAACGGGACUGCCCAUUGCGCCAACAUGUAUCCACCAUCGGUGAACGACCCACCGGAGCUGAAAGCUGCCAGAGUGAAGAUCGGGAAUUUCAUCCAGCAAUGGUUGAAUCAAGUAUGAUAUCUUUAUUAUGCUUAGAAAUACGUAUUUUUUUUUUUUUAUUGUAACAAAUCCGGGGAUGCCUUGUAUGAGUGGAAUUUAUUUUAAUGGUCUCUUCUCAAUUCGUUUUUUACAAACUUGCGAAAUGUGAUUGUGCUAGACGUGACCUUUUAAUCAACUUAAACAUCUCGUGCGUUAUCAAGACUAUAAACUAUAUGUAUUCAGCUAAACAAAUUAUGAAAAUGUGUAGGAGUACUCGCUACUCUCUUAUACGGUAGAUAUAUGUAUAAUUAAAACAAGGAGUUUGCCCAUAAUGGCACUAUUACAAUUUGCUGGGUACAAUCGUGAUAUUUAAAUAAAUACAUUGUACGAA